AUGGGGAAGCCCAAACCCAGACCUGCUACAAAGGGGGCUGGCAAGGGGAAGUCUACCGCUACUCAACGAGGAUCCAACACAGCCUCCCGUCUAGCCAGCGCAAGACGGACGCGGCUGCCGCAACAAGGUAGAGCGGGUCGCCCCGGGCCGAAGCAGCAAGCCGCGCCAAAGCUCCAGGGCCGGGCCCGAGGGCAGCCCCAGGAGAGCCCGGCACAUAGCCAAUCAGGGGGAGGUAAUGCUGCAGCUCCUCCGCCACCGCCACCGCCGCCGACUGCUCCGCCGGCUGCAUCGCCUCGAUCUGCACCUCCUGCUGCACCAGUGUCACGUGUAGCUGGUCGAGCACAUAUGACAGGAGUGUCAUGCACGUCCCAACGUGCAUCACGCGCUGCUCGACGCGAGUUGGGGGCGCGCCAAGAACCAAGGCAGGGGGAGGAGGCGAGCUCGGGGCGUGCGGGAAGUGUGACGGGGGAACUUGGGGCAUUGGGGGACGAGGCGGUAGCGGCUGGAAGGGUAGGGGAAAACGCCGCAGUGGGGACUGUGCUGGGGGCCGAUGUGGUGCCUAGGAGGGCGGCUGGAUUGGUGCUUGAGGGAGCUGUUGCUGCUGCUGCGACUGCAGCUGAGACGGUGGCGGACCCUGUGUUUGCCGGCGGUUCUGCCGCUGCCGUUGGCGGCGGCUCAACUUCACACGCUGCCGCCCCACGGGCGGCACAGAAGGAGGCGGAGGAGCCAAGCCCGGGCGUGGAUCAGGAGCAGACCGCGGAGGCGGUGUUGUCGGCGUCUCCGGCACCUGUAACGGCGGCUGUGCUGGCGGCAGUGGUGUCUGCUGCGGCUGGGGAGCAGGGCGCAGCCCCGUCAGAGGUUGACGCAACGCCUGUCCCUGCGAGCGCCGGAACGCGUGUACCUGCCGCGGCCGCAAACAGGCAGGAGCGCGGCCAAGCGGAGGGUGAGUUUCUGGGACCUGCGAACGGAGCUUCUUCCGGCGCUGCACGGGCGGUUUCGAAGAAGAAGCUGCGUGCCCAGCCAGCGCCGAGACGGCCCGGAGCAGGGCUGGGACCUGGCUCCCCGGGACCCCUCCUGGGCUGGCUUCUGCAAGGGCAAUCGCCAUCUGAGCGAGCGCAUCGGUCGUCAUCGGUGAGCCAGCGAGAGGUUAGAGAGGAGGCUGAGGCUGGAAGUCGCCCGCCAGGAAUCUCCCGGGACGCUUCCGCUCCCAACGUAACACCAGCAACGGCAGUGCACGCUGAGGCUCCAAACACCACGAAUGCCGUUGCACACAACACCCGCCACGCGACGGGACGAGCGGCAAUAACCUGGGGACCGCCCCGCGGAGGUCGGACACCGUGGCUGCCGGCGGGACGUGGAGCUACGGGCGUGGUGGCAAGAGCGCCAACAAGCGCGGGGAGGACUCAACGGGGGGGCGGUGCACGGGGAGCGCGCGGAGGGCGAGGGGGAAGGGCCCUGGUGGGGGGAUCUGAGAUCCCUGUGCAAGUUGGCACCUGGCGGGAACGCCACGACAGACCAGAGGCGGGGGCAGCACUAACGAAUGAGGAGGAAGCAGCGGGCUCUGAGGACAACGGUGGCGACCCAGAAUUUAUGUGUGGUGACGAAGCUGAAUCUGAGGAGGUGUCCCUGGAGGAGGAAACUGGGGUGGACAGGAAUGCACCCAACACACGGGGAAGAGGGUCGAGGGGGGAUGGGCAGAACCAACAAGCUGUGGGAGAUACAGGUGGAGCAAUGGAUGCGACGGAUGUCUUCUCGCCUACUGACAUGGCGAAGGAUGAGGCCAUCUGGCAAGAAGCUGGGGGUUGGGAUAUGCAGCAACUGCAACGUAGUGACCAGCCCUUCCUUGUUCGCCGCCUACCUCCACAAAUCCUAGACAAAUACAGCCUCUGUCUGCUGGCGCCACUUCUGAGGCUGGAGAAGUUCCCCACGUGCCUAGGCACCCGCGGCAUACCUGGCUUCAGUCACGGCGGCACACAUCCUACUGAGGCAGCUGAACCUGCCAACGGACUGCCUCCUGAGCCGGGCGACACAGCUCCUCUCCCACGAGUGGGCCCCACUGCCACCUGA